AUGACAUCGGAGGAGCCGGCACCGCCGCUGACUCUCCCUCCGCACAUCGCCGCGCGCUUCUACCGUCGAAACAGCAGGGUACGGCGUUCGUCUGCUGCCUCGUCCCGCCGAAGCUCGAUAUCGUCACUGCAUUCACACCACUCCAACACAUCCUCCAAUGGCUCUCAAAGUACAGAUCAUAUUGCCCAGCACCUCCGACGGACCUCCAUUCUGGAAACUCGCAAAGCCAGACUAGCCGAUCGCGCUCUGCAUGCCGAGAAGGUGAGGCUGCGUGCAGCCCUUGCCAAAGCGGCGACCAGGAAUUUACAUAGUGAAGAACGAGCUUUGGCAGCCCAUCAAGCCCGAGAGCGACUUCUGGCUGAUAUUGCAGCCAAGUGUGAGGAUCAGGUCAAGCGGGCCAAAAAGAAAGCCGAAGACCAACGAGAGAAACAGGCUGCAGAGUACGCACGCCUUCGACUUGAAAUGACAGAGAAACUCGCCGAGGCAGAGAAGCGGCGCACACUCUACCAGCAAACCCAUCGACGACAGCGCACAAGCAGUCUGCCCGCUACUGAAGAAAAGAAAAUGGCGAGAGCCAUCACCAAUUCUCUUACCCGGGAUGCCGCGGCCCGAAAGAUUCAACGAGUCUGGAGAACGCACCAUGCGAAGACGCUUAUGCAGGAAUUCCGGAACCUGAAUCUGUCCGUCGAGCAAGUUCGUGAAAUGUCCUUUGAGAAAGUGGGGGCUCUCCUGUCCAACCGAAACGUUCUUGAUACCAUGAACAAAGUGCUCCGGCUUUGUGGGCUGCAGGAUAUGGAAGGCGGAGCGAUGGGUGAACGAGGCGCAGUGCGCACGUUCCUCAGCAGCUAUUUAAUCGUCACUCAUCCCACUGAGGUCUUGAGCGGCGAUGGCGAACAGGAACAGGAUCUCAUCUCAAAGGCACGCGAGCUCCUAGUGGCGUUUGACCAGGUCACUGCACUGCUUUCGUCUGGAUGUUGCUCGCCGACCGUGAUUACGGCCGACCUUCAAAUACUCUGCGAGUCGCAUAAUGUAUUUUUCUCGGCCUUCCAUGCAUGGAAGUCUCAUGACUCGACUGUGUUGAUUGAGAUUAUGCUUGCGCAAUUUAUUGAACUAGAAUUAAUCUGGCAAACGGUCAAAGAUGACCAAGCCGGCGGUGUUGCAGAUGAUUAUCGACAGGGCAUUCGCCAGAACCAGAUUUUGCUUCUGGCUCGGCUUAAGCGACUUGCAGGCUCUGAAAAUGCCAUGGAGAUGGUGCGACAGUCUCUCAAGAAAGCAAAACGGGAGAAGAAACGUGCCUCCAAGCUGGCCAUUCCCCGAUCUGCUGAAGUUGCCGCCUCAUCGACGGAAGGGAUGACUGAAAGUGUCACAUCCCCGAUUAGCGAGUCAUUUAACAAUUUGGAUGCACCCGUGCUUCAAGAGCUGGAUAAACAGCGAGCUUCUCCACAUGAGCGGUUCACUAAGAUCCUCACAGCUCUCCCUGAAAAUCGGGUCUUGGUACAUGAGCUUCUUCUGAACAAAGAAUACAAGAUAGAGGAGGGAUCAUAUACAGAACCUAGACGGCAGAUCAUGCAGCAUAUGUGUGAGCAAAUGAGACAGGACGUUGCAUCUGGACACGGGACUAGCUGGACCGUGGCAAUGGCUACAGUGAUUCAGGAUCGUCUGCUACGCUCGCUUCGUCCUGGCAAUUCUCUUUAUGUGCUGAUUAGCGAAGUUUUGGACCCAAAGCUGGUAGAGAGUCAAUGCAAAGCUGGCUCCUUUUCAUAUGAGAAUUUCUUCGAUUUUAUGAACAACAUCCUGCCUCGUUUGUGUGCGCCUUAUCGUGACCCUGUCGUCAAGGCGUUCGCCGAGGAUAUAUCAGGAGAUGCUAUUGAUCGAUUAGCAAGACUGAUGAGCAUUAUUGAUUUGCUCUCGUUGGACCAUACUAAUUUCAUGAUUCAAAUUGCUGCCCCCCAACUCAUUCAGGAAGCGCCUGGGUACGAACAGCGGACAUUUGACAAGGGUUUAGCCGACGGUUCAAUCACUCUGGGAAAGACUAGACGAUUCUGGCGCACCAACAGAAAGGUCAUAGUUGAUGAAAUGAAGAAGCGAGACCCCGAGAAUAUUCACGGGGAGCCAAAACCUCCUGCCUCUCGAAUAUAUGCUCAUGGUCUCGCAGACCUGGUGCUGAGCAACGCUACCGUAUCUGAGGACCUGAUCCCCGAGACAUUGGCACUGGAUCAGCAACGACUGGAGCGUCUGCAUGCAAAGGUAUUCCAGAUUGUUGCGACAGCAUCCAUUCUCCUGACAGCCAAGAAUCUGCUGAAGCGCGAUGCACGUUCUCAAUGGAAGCCCGAGGCUGAUCGGAUUUUGAAUUUGAAUUUCAACGAAAUCAGUGCAGAGAGGGUGCAUACCAUUCUUGAAUCAACUCACCCUAUGCCGCCUACUGCCAGCGCCCAGCUUGCCGCCACAAUUAGACGAGUGCUUGCGCCUGUUGCGACAGCCAGUACUGCCGCCGAGCUGCAGGCUCUUGUGCAAAUUCAAUCCGACAAUUCCUCGGACCAAUCGGCCGCUCCUACAGACUCAAGCACUGCAUCUUCUGGAAGUGGGCCAUCCGCAUCUAGUUUCUCGGAUCCAGUGGCUAAGCUGAUUCUCUCGCGUUUGCGGAGUCACAUCCUCUCCCGACUCAGUGCCUCUAGUGCCUCAGACCGCGUGAAGGCAACUACCACCGCAAGCCAGAGCCUGGCCGGGGCCGGUAUGCCCGAGUUUGUCAGUGAGGUUGGCAAGCUGGUUGAUGAGUUAGAGAAAGUGCGAGAGGUAGACUGGCAAUGCCACAGCACUGUUUAUGAGCGUCUUUAUGACGAAGGUAUUUCCCCAUAG